GUAAGCAGAACUUAAGAAAAUCUCCUUGAAACCACUAUAGAUUCCUCCACGGCUGAGCAAACAUCCCUCUAAGCUGGACUUCGUCGUCUUCACUAGGCGCUGUCGAAAACAAAUCUACGUCUACGUCAACCUCGCCUGUGCUCGCGCCAUUCGAUCGCGUUCCGCGCCAUCCUUUCUCGCCUUCUCUCCUCACCCCGCGUCUCGACGACACUGCUCUCUUUCGUCGGCCACGCGGCGCUGCCGCAGACAAGGUGCAGGAUGACGGGGAGGACUUCGUGGAACGCCCCGCCGUCCCUGUACGCCACCACCGCCAACAACCCGGCCCACGGCUUCGUCGAGAGACCGGACCUGGUCCCCAAUGCCAAGAAAAAGGUCAUCCCCCUCUCCAUAGGCGACCCCACCGUGUUCGGCAACUUGUUGCCGUGCGAGGAAGUUCUGGCACCCAUCGUGGACAGCCUCCGGAACCCGAAGAACUACGGCUACAUACCCAGCACGGGAUUACCGGCAGCCAAGGAGGCCAUUGCUGAAUAUUCGUCGAACGCUGGACUCAAGGUGAAACCACAGGACGUCAUUUUGACCUGCGGCUGCGCACAGGCGCUGGACAUGUGCAUCACUGUCCUCGCAAACCGCGGUCAGAACAUCCUGAUCCCGAGGCCGGGUUUCUGCAUCUACAAGACGCACGCCGAGUUCCUUGGCAUCAAGGUCAAGUUUUACAAUUUGCUGCCUGAAAGAAGCUGGGAGGUGGACCUGGGGAGCCUCGAGUCCCAGAUCGACUCGAACACAGCGGCCAUCGUGGUGAACAACCCGAGCAAUCCGUGCGGCAGCGUCUUCAGCAAGAAACACCUGAAGGACAUCCUGGCCGUGGCCGCGAAGCAUUACGUGCCCGUCAUCUCCGACGAGAUAAACGAACACAUCGUUUUCGAGGGGCAGGAGUAUUUCCCGAUGGCGGCCCUGAGCGAAGACGUCCCCAUUCUGGCCUGCAGCGCCCUCACAAAGAGGUUUUUGGUUCCCGGCUGGCGAACUGGCUGGAUUAUCAUUCACGACAGGCACGACGUAUUCGCGCGCGGGGUGAAGAAAGGACUGCAGAAUUUGAGCCAGAAAUUGAUAGGAGGCAAUUCUUUGAUUCAGGGAGCGGUGCCCUCGAUACUGAAGAACACGCCCAAGAAAUUUUUUGACCGCACCAUUUCCAUAGUGCAGAAAAACGCCGAGGUUGCGUACAAGGUACUGUCAACGAUCCCAGGCUUGCGACCAGUGAUGCCACAAGGCGCCAUGUACCUUCUGGUCGGCCUUGAGGUGAACAGGUUCCCCAAGUUCGCCAGCGACACCGAAUUCGUCCUGGCGCUCUUCGCAGAAGAAUCCGUUCUAUGCCUACCAGGACAGAGUUUCGACUACCCCAACUACUUCCGCAUCAUGCUGACAGUGCCACAGGAAAUGCUGGUCGAGGCCCUCGACCGAAUAGCAGCCUUCUGCAAGGCCUGCUGCACUCGCUAGAGCUGGCUAGCGCAACAGCAAAUUCAGCCUCCUGAGAUCUCCUCACGGGUAGCGCCACAGUCGCCAAGGAGGCUGGAGCGCGACGUACCAGCCAUAAUAAGUGCGUGGGUGCAGAAGUAGUUGCAACAUCUGCGGGCAAGGUAGUUGCAGCAUCGGCGGGCAAGGCAUCGAUAUGCAUCGGCGAGACGAAUGUUAGCGUUUAUCCACACGACAUUGCGUCAGCGUCCACGAAAUUUCACGAGGCCUAUCUCAGCAAGAAAAGGGAGCAGUGUCGUUUGUCAUGAACAAACGCAACUUUCUAUAGAACUAAUAAAUUUUACUUUUACAUAUUAUCGAGAAAAAAAAAGAAAAGGUGCCGUUACUGCCCAGGUUCGGCUGAUGAACAGCAGCUUCCAAUUUAAAAAAAGCGAAGAAAAAAAAUAUCCUUAUAACGCCGACAAAUGCCAAAUCAGGGGGAAACGUUGGACAGUCUAAGGGGGAAAAUUAUCUUGGUGAAACGGUAUGAAUUCCAUUCGCAGAAAAUUUUCGCCAUUUUCUCUGCCAUAUUUUUUGCACAGUGAAGCUGUCUACAUGCGAUCUGGAAAAAAAAAUUGUCCGGGAUGUUGACAAAAACAAAUCAUCAUGUGGGCCGAUCCUGGUGAUAGCGCAAAAGGGGUCCAAACUCAAUGUCACAUAAGCCCUAAGGGCACGGGGACCUGUAACGCGCCCUUGAACUAAAGAAAAAUUAAAUUAUGCGGUUUUACGUGCCAAAACCAUGAUCUGAUUAUGAGGCACGCCGUAGUGGGGGACUCCCGAAUAAUUUGAACCACUUGGGGCUCUAACGUGCACCUAAAUUUAGGUUCCAGGGGUGUUUUCGCAUUUCGCCCCUAUAUGGAAAUGCGGCCGCCGUGGCCGGGAUUCGAUCUCGCGAUCUCGUGCUUAACAGCGCAGCCACUAAGCAACCACGGCGGGUGCCCUUGAACCGCCCUUGUCACACGUGGGAACCACAGAGGUCCCAGGCACAAGGGUAAGAACAGAUGUUUUUGAAAACAGUGUUUUGUACAACUUAAGCUUCU